GAUGCACCUCAGCUCGUUGGCUUCAUUAAAGAUAUGCAUAGUGACCAUCCUGUGGAAAACAUGAAUGCGGAGUCAGUGAUAGCCGCACAAUGGACCCUAAUGUCUGUUGCUUUCUUGCUCGUUAUUGCGCGUCUAUCCGUACGGUUUCGUUUGAAGCAGAAGAACCUCAUCGUAUCCGAUUUAUUUCUCGUGGGCGCCUGUUGUGCAGCUAUAGGCAUGCUUACUGCAGAUGUCAUUAUCUGGAAGCAAGGCACUUGGCUAAACAUCGUGGACCCUGGAGUUCCGACGCUGAAGGCCCGCUUCGCAAUCUGUUUCCUUUUCGACACCGGGUUGUACUUUCCCAAGUUUAGUAUCAUCGCAUUAUACUAUACUCUCGUUCCUCGUACUCAACCAUGGAUGCGAAUAGCCCUCUACGGCCUUACCACAAUCACAACUUCAUGCUGCCUCAUCACCAUCUUCUAUACGGGGUUUUAUUGUGGACUGGAUAUAGCCUCAAACUGGUCAACUGAGCCAGGGUCCUGCAAGUUCUUUUUUGCUGAUAUGCCUGUUGAGAUAUACUGGGGCAUGCAUCUCGCAACCGAGGUUCUCAACUUUAUUUUCCCAUUUCCCAUUGUUCGUGAUCUAAGGCUCCCCAAUCUUCGCGAGAAGAUCGGCUUAUAUAUCAUUCUUGGUCUGGGUUUAAUCACGAUUCUUGUUACAAUAGCCCGAUACAUCAAUGGAGUAUUUGGUUUCAGCACUUACGGAGCGACCCUGUGGGGUACAGCAGAAUUGGCCACUGCGAUUUCCGCAGUUGCUCUUACAGCCUUACGGCCACUUCUCCGUGUGGUCACAGAGAUCGUGACGGACACGUACAGCAGAAUCACCAACAAAUCUAGACCUUCUGCUUAA